CAGGCUCAACCGAAGACUCGAUGGUCUCCGCAGACUUGAUCUUCCUCUUCUUGUACGGACCUCGUUUGCGUUUCGGCGGUGGAAGGGGCUUGUAUGCUAGACCAAGAAAGCUCAGCUCGUAAGGCUCCACAGUGGACAUGGUGCACAGCUGUCCGCUUCGCCGCACCGUCAGGCCGAUCGAACGCCAGCACCAUCAGCGUCUCCUCAAGCACGGGCGGAGUCCGGUCAUUCUCUGGCAUCCUGAAAACGAAGUUGUCGCGCGAGCGGCUGACCCAGGAUCGCACGAGCGCCGUGCCAGUCGCAGGCACUGCGCCGUCUCGGCGGACGUCGUGUCCGACAACUAUGGAUCCAAAAGCGCGCCGGAGCCGAGUGCGCGCACAAGCCUGCCGUAUCGUUCCGCUUCCGCGCCGGGUAAGGUCUUGCAGUAGAGCGUUGCGCUGGUAGCGCGGUAUGUACUCUGGAGCGGGCUGGGUCGCUAAGCGGUAUGCAUCCGCGUCCCGCGUGCAGCGUUCACUGGCGGCGGAGUUAGGGCUGCCCGGCGGCGCAUAGAGAUAGAGGUGGCGAGAUUGGGAUGGCGAGAGGAAUGAGCGACCAAAAGGAGGCAGAGAGAACGUUGGGUGACAUGCGAAGUGAGAGUCACGACGGGAUGCAUACGAUCAGAGAGCGUCGUGCGUGAGCAAUCGAGACACUUACUCAGCAAAUACGGUGC